UGCUAUUUUUUAAUUUUUGAUAAUCAAUAAGUCUCAGUUCAACUUGGAUCAGCACAAAUAUAAUAAUUAUCAUGAAGAUUAAGAUGAAAGAAUGCCGUGUGGUGAUGCACAAACUGUCUGAUGCUGCUGUCAAGAGGGGCUGGCAUGCUGAGCUGAACCUCAUCCAAACACCUGUGGUGUGCCGAGUUGAGUCUGAUGCUGUCAAGGCCAGUGGCUCAUUUAUACUCCCAGAGAAAGUGGGAGGUAACAUCAAGGCAGAGCAUGAAUAUGAAGAAAAGGAUAUAACUGUAAAGAAGGAGCCUGAAUAUGAGGGAGAAGAAAUAACUGUAAAGAAGGAGCCUGAAUAUGAGGGAGAAGAAAUAACUGUGAAGGAGGAGCCUGAAUAUGAGGGAGAAGACAUAACUGUGAAGGAGGAGCCGGAAUAUGAUAGAGAAGACAUAACUGUGAAGCAGGAGCCUGAAUAUGAGGAAAUGGAUAUAUCUGUGAAGAAGGAGCCUGAAUAUAAGGGAGAAGACAUAAUGGUGAAGGAGGAGCCUGAAUAUGAGGAAAUGGAUAUAUCUGUGAAGGAGGAGCCUGAAUAUGAGGGAGAAGACAUAACUGUGAAGGAGGAACCAAUUGGCAUCGAUAUUGAGGUAAAAUUAUCACUUUCAUCAUUUUAUUGGCUAUCAUAACAUCUGCUAUCAAUUAAGUCUCCAGUAAAUUAUUUCCAGCUUCAUCAAAGAUCAGGGUUGGUGAUUCAUUUUAUU